AUGAGUACACUGAACCCACGUCCUGUGGAGAUGAAUCACCUGGGUCGUGGAGCCUACGCGACCUUCAGCUCACCGCCCACCACCAUCUACUCUACCGGACGAAUGGAUAACUUACCCCCAAGUCAACGCGGCAGCUUUGAGAACGACAUUUCUCUGAUGUCCGAUCAAUUUGGUCAAACCAGACUGGGCGAGACAGCACCUAACUUGGUCCCCUCCCAAAUUCAUUUUCCUAAGUGGUAUCACAGUGCAUUGGGUACCAACGGUGGCGGUGGUGGUGGAGGUCAGCGCUCCUCAUCGCUCAGUCCGAAACCCACAGAGCCGACAGUGCAGCUGGCCUACCGACCGCCUACGCCGCAGGUGCAAGCGCAGAUGCCGACGCCGACACCAACGCACCGGGGAAUUCUAAAGGGCCAGCGGUCCACCUCCGAGGUGGGAGCUGACUCACCUCGAGGCGGAUUCAGUGGACGCGGCUUCUGGGACAGCGUUGAUCUUAAUAGCGAAAUCCAUGACAGCUGUAACUCCAUCGCCUCCUCCAACCUUGGCGACUCGCUCUCGCGCAAGACGGUCCGCUUCGCUGAUGGCAAACCGGCCAUGUCGAACAGGACAACGCAAGUGCCUUAUGACUCUGUUCGAGGCGCCACAAUUCGUACCAACGGCUCGAUAUCUCAGGGCAUAUAUGAAUGGGAGCCAGAUGAGGGUCUUAUGAUCCCUGGUCGAACUGCGGGAGAUCUCAACAAGCCGCCUAGACCGCCGAAAAUGCGGCCGUCUCACCGACUCGAGCGACGCGUCACUACCGACUGCGUGGGCCUCCCAUCACGACUUCCAUACGCACCGGCAGGGGAGGAUGCAGUGGGUAUUGCGACAUCACCACAGCUGCGGGGCCUCGUGAGUACAGCAACACCAAAGAGGCCCAUGGAUGACUCCUACGCCAACUACGAAAGCAUUUACCGCAAUCAGGGUCGACGACUCUCGGAAAGUGCAGAGGUGGAGAGAAUAGACAGCCGGCGUCUGGAUGUCCUCAUGAGACCCUACAUGACUUCCACAGACCCCGAGCCCCCAUCCAUAGCGUCACCGCCUCCACCUCAACCUCCUCCCGCAGGUUCUUCUGGAGGUCCCAUCUAUCGAACGGAGGUGAGGCAUCGUCCUUCCAGUGGGGAGACUUUUGUUGGACAGCAGAAAAAAUUUGUGAGUGCCUUUAUGGAACUGAUUGCUGCUCCAUCCAGGUUCAAAAGUCGUAUUGCUGGGUGUCCUAUUGCGGUGCCUUACUGGCCUGGAGGUCUCCUGUUAUCUGCAGCCUCCGUUCUUGCGCCUCAGGUCACAAAGAACUCCAUUUAUGGCUACAAGCACUUGUUUGUUAAAAUCGCAGAUCUGUCGUCACCGCUACCAUCACAGUCGGCACCCUCCUCCCCGCCUCUUCCAUCGACGUCCUCAACUCCGCUUCACUUUGUCUACACCGUCAAACCGUCGCCUCAUCGACUUGUUGUCGAAAGUGAUAUUGAGGAGGGCUUUGACAGGAUCGACACAGGAUCUGUCGACGACAAAACCUUGAGGCCACACUCUCUCCAAAGUCUCACAACUCCUCUAACUCCGCGAGUUUUGGGUCCUCCUGGUAUCGCUAUUCCCUCAUUUUUAAAUGCUAGCAGAGGUACACUACAGCCAAGGCUGCCAAACAACCGCAAGCAACAGGUGGAACAGCAGAUACCUGCACAGACGCAGCAAACAAAAAGGCAUCAGCCAUUGCGGGUGGAUGUUUCGCAGCCACCAAUGUCAAAGCUUGUUCCCCAUCUUAAUGGCAAAUCAAUGUCUCCGCUGCACGGACCGCCUUUCACGGACCGUCCACGCCGUCGAGGCAACGGCACAGCGGAGGCGCAUCAAUCGACAGACUUAAGGAAAGGUAGCCUUGAUCGGGACGGUGUGUGGCGGCCAAACCGCCUACUACUGAGCCCUGGCCCCGUCGGGGGGAGCGCAUCAGCAGUAGGACAUGGUCUGGCUUACGCACCCUCGCCCCUCUUUGCCGAACUGAUGGGUGGUUACCCACGAUCCGACCGACAGUAUCUUCGCCACUCGGCACGCUUCCUUUCUCCUUUUGGAGCUGGUGAUGGAGGUUACGAGGUACCCAUUUUCGUGGUGCGUCCAACCACCAUACCUACCCCCACUUCUUCCUUUCGACAUCGGACCCUCUCGCCUAACAGUGUCAGUGCUCAACGAGAACGUCAGCAAGAAGAAAUGUUGAACCAAACUGCUACUGGAUCGCGAUACUUCCUUGGGUCAUUUGACCAUUCAGAGGGUAUUUUUAAACUGGGGUCUCACUGA